UCGGCUGAAGUCAGUCACAGUCAAACCGUAGACGGAAACAAAUAGAGAGGGGGGAGCUUUUAAUGAAAUGACAGCAGGUAACAGUAAACUAGGCACUAGGCGUUAAAUUAAAAGGGAAUUUCGGUUUUUAAUUAACGGACACGACUGCGGCGAGCGAAGGUUUGACUCUGCACUCUGGUACCGAGGUGUUAGCUUCAAGGCUAAAGGUAGUUAAAGGCAGGAUCUUUAAGUUGCUGGCUCACGUGAGGUGAUCUGGAGUCUCUUCUAUUAACGAAGGACAAGCUGAGAUGGAAGACGGCGAUGGGGGGGACAUCGUAGAAGCACCUGAGCUCCCACUGGAGAUCAUAGUUUACAUCCUGAGCUUUCUUCGUGCUUCAGACAGGAAGGAAGCCUCCCUGGUCUGCCGCAGAUGGUACAGUGCCAGCCAAGACCCACGCUUUCAGAAGAACGUCACCUUCUGCUUCCCGGCCUCGGCCUCGUCCCUGGAGCUGGUCAGGAGUCUGGGCACAAAGUCACGCUGCAGCCUGAUCAUCAGCCAGCUCGAUGGCUUCAGCAUUUCCAGAUCACUGCUCCUGGAGGUGGGUCUGUGCCUGGGCUCCAAACUGGAGAGCCUGGCCCUGCCUGGUAGCAGUUUAACAGAGACCUCUCUGCUGGCCCUCCUCCCUCGCCUGACCUCCCUCCGUAGGCUGGACCUCAGGGGGCUGGACAGUCUCUUCAUGUCCGGGGCUUUCCUCUCCAGGGAGGAGCAACGACAGCAGGUGAGGUCAGCCCUGUGCGGCCUCGAGGAGCUGGACCUGUCCGACCUGCGCUACCUCUCCGACGUCACCUUCAACCGGCUCACUGGCUGCACCCCGCGCCUCCGCCGGCUCUCGCUGGCCGGCUGCCACAUCGCGUUCGAGUUCGACCCGUACCGAGGCUGCCCGGUGGGGGCCGUCGAGGACUCGUCGGCGCUGCUCUCCCUGAGGAACUUGAGGAGGUUGUUGGCGGAGCAGAAGUCCACCCUCGUCGCUCUGGACCUCAGCAGGACCUCCAUCACCCCUGAGUCACUGCGCACUGUUGCUCAGGUCCAGGGUUUGGUCUUACAGGAGCUGUUUCUGCAAGGCUGCAAGGAGCUGACCGACUACUCGAUGGAGGUUCUGGUGAAGCACCAGCCAAGCCUCCACACGCUGGACAUCAGUGCUUGCACAGAGCUGACCAGCAGGUCUGUAGAGGCCAUAGCCCGGGGUCUGAAAACACUGAGUCACCUCUCCUUGUCCCGUGACUGGCGGAUCACUGAAAAAGGCCUCGCUGAGCUGCUGUCGGUGUCGACUCUGCGGGUUCUGGACCUGUCCGAGUGUCUGCACGUCAGCGGGACGGAGAUGGUGAAAGGCUUGAAGGGAUCCAAUGCUGCCGGAGCUCAGCUAGAGACGCUCAACCUCAAGAGCUGCACCUACAUUAAGGAUCUUGCCGUUUUCUCUCUAACCCAACUUCUCGGGAACACCCUGCGUGAGUUGGACCUGACAUCGUGCGUAAACGUGAGCGACCUGUCCGUGUGCGCUGUCGCCACCUACCUGCAGAAGCUGGAAGUUCUGCGGCUCGGCUGGUGCAAUCAAAUCACAGACUGGGGUCUGCUGGGGAUGGUGCAAACAAAUGAAUGUCAGCUUGAUUCUGAGAAGGGAGACAAGGGCCCCAGCUUCACCCGGACCUUCGGCAACAUGGGUUUCUUCAAGCCUCCUCAGUUGCCUUUUGAGGAUCGACCCAAGCUGGUGACAGAGGACGACCUGGAGCAGUUCAAACUGCAGGCGGGAGCUUCGCUUUUAGCUCUGAGCAGGCUGCAGGAGCUGGACCUCUCUGGCUGCUCCAAGCUCACUGACAGCAGCAUCACACAGGUGGUGCAUUAUCCCGACCUCCACCAUCUGUCUCUUUCCAUGCUGUCAGAGAUCACUGACGCCAGCUUGACGUCGGUAGCCAGGCACUGCCGCAGCCUCACCAGCCUGGCGCUCAGCCACUGCCCGGGUAUCACUGACCACGGAGUGGCCCAGGCCGCGCCGUACCUGCACAGACUGCAGCAUCUCUACCUCUCCUGUUGUAGUAACAUCACCGACAAGUCCUUGUUUCUCCUGGCGAGGCACUGCAAGCGCCUGAGGACACUCGACGUUUCAACAUGCAAAAACAUCUCCGUGACAACGGUGGACCUCCUCCAAUCACAGCUGCCCUUCUUGGAAAACAUCCAGUACAAAUUCAUAGGUGGAACUGAUCUUACCCUCACGCUCUGACCCGAGGACUGAGCAUUCCUGAAUGACUGCUGACCUUUCUGGAAACCCGCUGACCAAAACUUCCUCCGUGAAUUGCACUUCGCUGCAUUUUGCACAAAAUAAAUGUCGUUCACAGUGUUAGGUAAUGUGAGGAUAAGUAAACGUAAAUUUUUAAGUGAUUUUAGAAAGAGCCGCUCGGGUCCGAGCAGGGAGCGGAUCUCGUCUUAACGAAGGCAUUUAUUUCACUGUGCUGUAAUCGUGGACACAGGAACACAUAGGUGCCACGUUAAUUAAAAUAUUUAAUAUGUGUUAUAUGUGUCCUAUUAUGUUCUGUAGUAUCACGGUGCUUGUUUUAAGUUAAAAAAAAGUUCCAGCAGCGUCACGUAAAUUCAGAACGUUGGGAAGAAACGGAAAAUGACAGGCUACUCUGUGAGGCGAACGGUUAAAAUAAGACAAAGAAAAUGUCAUUUGGAAUCUAACUUUCACAUAAAUUCACAGUUUCUUUGAUUCGAGGGCGCAAACGUCUCACAAAUGAGCUGCGUUUACAGGUUUUGUGCUGCUAAAGUAUUAGUUAAGAUUAGGAAAGGGUACGAUGCACGGUCCUCUCAGGAAAUAGACACGGCCUCUUACUUUUCCUUUAGAGCAUGUCUAUACUGUAUGUGUCCAUGGUUUUAACUGUUUUUUUUUUUUUUUUUUUUUUUUCAUUUUUAAACUGACAACUUUAUUGGUAAAAACAAAGGCACCUGGAAGCAAAUGGCUGUUAAUGUAGGUAUUUUUACUACUCCAUACUCACCUGAGUUACUCUGUUGUUCUAGGGGACUUAACUUAUUUUCUGACUCUGUUUUAAUUGUCAGAUAAAUGAUGUCACAUCUCAGACACACAUUAACAUCUCUCUUUAAAAUGUUUCACAUGUCAAGUCUAGGCUUUUUUCUUCUUUAAGUUAUUAGAGUAUAAAGUUGUAUAAAUCCAGGUUUAAUCUGAAGCACAUCCUCUAAUUCAAGUGAGUAUUGGGUCGCUAACAAUCCAUCUUCAAGAUACUGUAUUUUGGAAAAUAAAAAAAUCCAGCUGCCUUUGUUUUUAGUUAUAAUAUGAGCUGCAAUCAUCAAAGACGACAUUUUAUGGAAAGAGAAGAUCAUAACACAAAAAGAUUUGUCAUUAUUGCUACUUCUUGGCGCCAGGCUUCCCUUGGAAACGAGGUCAUUGUAUCUCAACGGAUCGACCUGGUUAAAUAAAGGUUAAUAAUAAUAAAGAAAAAAAAACUGUGAUACCACAAA